UUUAGUAUUGAACUCACGUUUUUGCUGUUGAUCACAGCGGAGAAGUAUGAGCGACGACACGGCUGAAAAGGACGAAAAGCACUCGGCGGAGGAACUGGAUGUGGGCAGUGAUCGUUUUAAUCCAUUGCGUGCGCUCUAUGCCGUCGACUAUAGAGUCACAGAAAAAGCCCCAAAGGUGUUAUACCAAAAUUUAGCGGCGUUUGAAAGUGCGCUGACUAAAGUUGGAAUUUGGCAAUUAAACAAACGUCAACAAAAGAUCGAUGCCCCGGCUACGACCACCAAAAGUAACAGCCUUUCCACGCCAAUGUCAGUGGAGCAACCAACAAGUCUACGGCGAUUUCAACCACAUCAGAUGGCCAUUAAAGGCACCGUGAAAACGAAACAUCAACGCAAUCUUUUUACACACAUGGCAGGCGUUGAAGGUCCUUUGGCCAUUUUACGCAAAUUCUUGCCAGCAAGCGAGCAGCUCAGUUCAAAUCGAAUACGAGUAUACUUGCGUAAGGAGCAUGGCAUUGGUGGAACCAUUGAGGGCGAGCUUGUAGCAUUUGAUAAGCAAUGGAACCUAUUGCUCAAGAACGCUGUGGAAGUCUGGCAACGUCGCAAGUACAAGUAUGGGGACCAAAAGGUUCUAAGCACUACUACCACUUCUGAAGAAUGUAGCGCAAGGCUUCGGCAGUUGGGCAUUGCGCUGCCCACCGUUCAAGUGAAGAGUCUGAGUCGUAAGAAUGUCCAGCUAAGACGUGAUCUGGCCCAGAUAAUGAUUCGAGGCGAAAAUGUGGUCUUAAUCAGUUGUAUUAACUAA